CGGCGGGGACCCGGCAGAGAUGCCGUGCCGCCCGGGCGAGCGCUUCCUGCUGCUGGAGCGCCCGGUCGCCGUGGGACAGGCGGGCUCCAAGGAGGUGGACGCGCUGGUGGCCAAGCUGGGCGAGGUGCUGCAGCUGAGCGCUCAGCGGGCGCCGCCGCCGCCCCGCGCCCCCAAGCACCUGGGGCCGGGCAGCGCCCGCGACCGCGCCGCCCCCUACUCACCGCGGUGCUGCAGCGGCGGCGGGGCCGGGGCCGGGCUGCUGGCGCCGCGGGGACCGGCCCCGUCGCAAGCUCACUCGCAACACGUUGAGGCUCCGCGGCCGGACCGGAGCGGCCAGCAGCGGGUGACCAAGCAGCUGUGCGGACGGGGCUGGCUGCGGAGCGCCGCCCGCCGGAGGAAGCAGCCUCCGCCGGGGCCGGGCGACGGGCCGGCGGAGGAGGAGGACCCGCACCGGCUCCUGCAGCAGCUCAUCCUCUCCGGCAACCUCAUCAAAGAAGCCGUCCGGCGGCUGCAGCUGGCGGCGGCGGCGGCGGCAGCAGCGGCAUCCGCGGCCUCCAGCGGCAGCGCCUCGGCGGGGAGCGGCGGCGCGGACGGCGAGGCGGCGGCGGCGGCCGUGCAGCCCCUGCAGUAG